AUGUUGUACAAUUCUGAGUUCGAGAUGCGAAUCCGUUUCCUGAUUUGGCUCUCCAGCUAUGUGUCGAGGACGGUUAUGGGCGCCAGCUGCCCCGACGUGAGCCAAUUUGUGACGGCCGCUGAGCGGCUACACGAUGGUUUGCAAGAGUGCAAGGACUUGCUUUUGGCUGUCCGGUCGGAGGGUGACCUCGGCAGUGCCGAAACUAAACAGCGCAUUUCCAAGAUGGGAGAGACUCUGGAAGCCUGCAUGCAACAAUUGCGAUCUGGUGAUAACCUGUAUGGACUCAGUUAUGGUGAUCUUGAGGUCCACGAGGAGCAGCUCGAGGUGAUCGAUGCUUAUCUCUGCAGCACCAAGGACAGGUUCAGCUCGCAGCUGACAACGCUACGAGGCAGUAGUGACACAACUAUCGUUUCAAGAAAAUCUUUGAGCUUCCCCGUGUAUAGCGCCCCAUCGCCGCCUGUGCUGAUUACUCCCUUCGAGGACGUGGGGUACGACGUUUUGGUUAGCGACUGGAACUUCGACGUACUAAACCAUUUCGCGACAACCGAGCAAGCGUUUUUGUCAAUUGGCUGUGGCAUGUUGUUUCGCUUUGAAUUGUCGCACAACGUGGAUAGGUCCGUAAUCGUAUCGUUUCUGAGUCGCUUGGAAAGCUUCUACCUAGACGUGCCGUACCACAACAAGAUGCACGGUGCAAUGGUAGCGCAGAAGCUGCUCUGUUUGGCCAAUUACAUCCACAUGCUGGAACACAUGACCGUUUUAGACGAGGCGUUGCUCGUUGUGUCUGCGCUGGCUCACGACGUCGGCCACCCUGCUCGCAACAACUCUUUUUUCGUCCGCACGCACCAUCCCGUGGCACAACUGUACAACGAUAUCGCAGUGCUCGAGAACUACCAUGCGGCCAACACGUUCAAGAUUCUGAGCACAGAGGGGUGCAAUGUGUUCGCUGAUUUUGACUACGAAUACGUCAGGUCGCAGAUCAUUGGCUUGAUUUUGGCCACUGACACCGUGGACAACUUCCAGAUGAUUUCCCAAUUCGUCUUAAUGCGCAGCAGCGAGGACUUCAGUUUCGAAGACCUGAAGACGCGUAUACUAACAAGCAAGAUGUUGAUAAAGGCCGCUGACGUUGCUGCUCCCACGAUGCCUUGGGCGAUCAGUCGGGAGUGGGUGAGUCGUUUGAUGGGCGAGUUCUACGCUCAGGGUGCUGAGGAGGCGGCGCUCGGUCUACCUAUAUCAGCGCUCUGCGACCGUGCACACCACCAACAGGCUGCCAAGUCUCAGGCCGCCUUCCUCAAGAUCGUCGUUUCGCCACUCUAUCGGUCGAUAUUGCCGCUGGGCUCCGUGGAAUUGGACAACAUUAUGCGCCAGGUUGAGAGCAACAUCGAGAGUUGGACAAAGAUGGACGCUUCCGGGGACACAAUACCCUGCAUUGAGUGCGACGGUGACAAGGCAAACCUGGAUGUAUCAUUUGUGCUGGGGUAUUUAUCACAUAUAGCAUGA